AUGAUAGGAAAAUUCAAAGGUAAGGAAGUUCUCAUUCCGAGGAUCCCGAUGAUCCCAACCGAUAUGCCGUUUGAAUUUAAAAGACUUCAAUUUCCUAUACGUCUUGCAUUUGCCAUGACCAUCAACAAAUCACAAGGCCAAUCCUUUAAAGUUUGUAGUUUAAAUCUAGAACAGAUUGAUAAUAAAACAAAAAAUGUCGUGUAUCACAAGUUACUUAAGUGA